CACAAGAGCUUCAUCAUGGAAUCCCUGAGGAGAUUGGUCUCACAUAUUUUGCCCAACAGAGAAAGACUAGUUUUACCAGAAUUGCCAUUAUAUCAAGAAUUCUUACGGGAAGAACAGGAAUGGAUGCCUUUAUUUGAUGACAGUUAUUACCACACACUUUGUUCGGUGUUAUGGGCCAAAACAAAUAUGAGGCUGAAUUCAGACAACGAGGAGAAAACUGAGCUGUGGAAAAAUCCACCAGAAGAGCCGGGAAGGACUAAAUAUGAAUUUUCUGAUUUAGAGUUUGAAACGCUCUAUCCCCAAGUUUUGUAUACCAUCAGAUAUCAGAUCGGACUGAGACAUCAACAUAGUGUCGUUGAGUUGUAUCGUUAUGCUAGAAAGGCAUUCAAGAUAUCUCAUGAAGAUCAUGAGAGAAUAUUAAAAAUGAUAGCAAAAGAAAAGCCACGAAUUCCCGUUCUACAUGUAACAGUGAAUGGAGCCCGCGACCUUGAACCGAGGGGUAUAUACGGUGCUCCCAACCCAUAUUGUAUGCUAGGAAUCCAACCUGUUAGGAAUCCAAUUCGCCAAAACAUUAAUGUAGGGGCAAGCACAAGCAGCGGCAGUUCUAGUGGCAGUAGUGGACUGCGUACUUUGAGGAGAUUGGGUGCUUCUCUACGGAGGAAAGAUCGAAGUCAGAAAGUAGAGCUGAUUGACCCAAUUCCAGCCAAACAGGUCGAGACGACAAAAGUUAAAAGGGCAACGACAACUCCAUCAUGGUGUGAAACUUUUGAAUUAGACCUUGAAGACACACGCACUGAUCGGUUCCAUUUGGAUAUUUGGGACCACCAUGAUUCAACGGAACCUGUGACUAUGACAGCAAGAAAACUCAAUGGUUUGUCAAGGUCUUCACGACACUUCAAAGAGAUUACUGCAAAUGCCAGCUCUGAUGCCAUAAGGAAUGACUUUCUAGGGAACGUCAAUAUCCCUGUGCAGAUGCCUGGAGGCCAUGAAAUAGAUCGGUGGUUUACCCUAGAAGGAAGGGGGAAUUGUCCCAAAGUCCGGGGCAAAAUUCAUUUGAAACUUAGCCUUGGGACUCGACAUAGCAGAGGAGAGGAAGAAGGAACUGAAAACAGUCAUACUCUCAAAGAACAAGAACAUCUAAUAUAUGUUUUCGUCCAGCAUGAGUUAAGAAAAUAUCAGGCAAAUCCGUCCAGAUGGACAGGUGUAUUGCCAAAAUAUGCAAAAGUCAUAAUUAAUGCACAUGCUCAGUUAGGAGGAAUCAGUAGACUAGAGAAUAAAAUAUGCAAGUGGAAUGCUUACUUUGGUAAACAUCUAGAAGUUACUCUUGGGUAUGCAGUAUUGCUUAAACUUCUUGAAGAGGUUCAAGAAGCCUGGAACAGGAGACAAAGGGAUCCUUCUUAUUUUGCAGAACGUUCCUUGAUAGAAAGUUUUGACAUAUUCAUCGAACGCUGCUUUACACUUCUAUAUGAUCAUCGAACACAUUUCCCCGCGUUACAGUUCCAAUCAAGAAUGAAAUUACACUUUAUGCUCAAGUGCUUACAAUUUCUGUACAACAUGGAAGUUUUUCAAAACUCAAGGCCUUUUCAACUGAAUUUACAAACUACCAUUAUUGAUGCUGUUAAGCAAGGAACUUUGAGAUACGUGGACGGUAUCAGGGACGCUAGGUUACCGAUGAAUUCACGGGCAGAAUUCUUGGGAUAUUUGGAAACUCUGAAUAGGGACAUGAAAGAGUGUCUUGGCAAAUACCAACCAAUAUUUGCUAGUGUGCACAUGGACAUUGCAAGUGUCACCUAUAAAGAGUAUUCCAUCCGGAUCUUCGAAGAAAUAAUUGCUCUAGCUGGCAGGCGGGUUUUCAGAGAAGAGGGUGGUAUUUUAUACUUCGACACCACCGAAAACAGAGAAGAGAUGAAUGCUUUUUUACAGCAAUUCCUAAAUGGCGAAAUCGUACAAUUUUAUAUAGCUUUGCUUCAGUUCAGUAAAUUUAAAUCAUGCCUGUCAGAAGAGGAGCAGAGUAGGAUGGCAAUCAGACAUUUCAAAGAAUGGUUUCGUGAUGCAAUUUCCGAUUGGUUUUUCCAAGUAGAAAAUAAAAUAAAAUCAAGAAUUUAUACCGCAGUAAGAUUGGACCCAGAUUUGUAUAUACAACCACUUGGACUAGUACUUGAUUUAACUGACGACCUACAACAGUUCCAAAGGAGGCGUGUUGAUCCAUUAUUUCUAUUCAAUGUACCUGAAACCACUUACUCUGUUAAUGAUGUAAAGGACUAUUUUAAGCAACUGCUAAUGGUGUGGAAAGCUUUGGAGUUGCCAGUUGAAAUGACCACUAUAAUCUACAUCAGGGACAUAAUUGAGGCAAUAUCCAGCGGUGUGGUAUUAUAUUGUAAUUUACUGUGGAAAUAUCUCCUAAGCGACCGAAAUAAUUUCGAUGCAAAUGGUCAUAUUUUGCCAACCAGAAAGGCAAUACUGUAUACAAAUAAUAUGCAGAUUAUGCUAGGUGUGCUCAAAUAUUUAUUGGAUGAUCUAAAAGUCCCGAAAAUUGCUGCCCAGUUACAACUGGAGAGAAAUGGAUUUACUGCUGAUAUUUGGAAAGAGCGGAUGAGUCUGCCAAUAGUCGAGGCUUCUAACCAUGUCCAAACGAUGCUCCAGUUUUUUGUUAAAACUAUUGUUCAUCAUAUGACUCCUAGAAUUCGAAGCUUGGUGUUUCAUUUGGUUUGGGGUCCUAUACACAUAGAACCAAAUAAGUCCAUUGCUCCUCUUUCGAUAUAUUUAAAGAAAACUUUGAUAAGUCUGAGGUUCGCCUAUUUGGAAACUACUUUUUUAAGAAUAUCAGCUGAAGUAUAUAGAACGCUACUCAUUGAGAUUAAAAACUUAUCUCUUUCGAAUACACAGGACCAAAGGCCACGAUUCUUUCACAACAUUUAUGUAGCUCUGAACAUUCUGGCCGAAUAUUUUCACAGCAAAGAUGUAAAGCUUCCCAUUGCAAUAGUGCAUGGUGAACUCUAUCAGUUUAUUGAAAAAAAUAUUGGGCAUUUGCUGCUCGAUACCGACAAGCUGUUGGGAAAAUACUACACAGCCCGAUCAGAAGAAACGCUAAAAGCUACAAACACAGACUUGGGGACGUUAACAGUGAGACUUUCUUAUGAUAGCAGAAGGAAAAUCCUAUCAACUGAAAUUUUGAGCGCAUCAAAAUUGAAACCACGUGAUGCGUACGGAUUAUGUGAUUCGUACGUGAUUGUGAAGUUAGUCCCGAAAUAUAUGUUUAAUGGCAGAAAUGAAGCUAGAACAGGAAGACGCUCACGAACUCUAAAUCCUGUUUUUAAGGAAACAUUCGAAUGGUCUCUUGACAUUGAUGAAGUCGAAAAUAGAGAAGCGACCGUCAAUUUUGUAGUAAUGCACCAUGGAUACAUAUUGAAAGAUAGUUUUCAGGGGGAAGCAUAUUUCCCCCUCUAUAAAGUGACAGAAAAAACCGCCGAGUCCGAUGAGGCUAAUACUCCCAAAACCAUAGAGUGUCAUCUUACACAUCCCAACUGUAACAGUGAUGCUUUCAUUGCUUUAAGAUCAAGGAAAUGGUGUGCAGAAGCAAACGAAUUCGUGUCAAAUGAAAGAAAAAAAAUGUAAGGAGAGGAAUAACGUCAAAACAAUGAUUGUCUUGUGAAUUAUAUCUUCAUUAAUAUAUAAAAUCGCAUAUCUGAAAUGCAAUCAAUGUGGAUUUUAAUUUCCUUGAUCAAUGUGAAUUUUAAUUUCCUUGAUCAGUGUGGAUUUUAAUUUCCUUGAUCAAUGUGAAUUUUAAUUUCCUUGAUCAGUGUGGAUUUUAAUCAAUGUGGAUUUUAAUUUCAUUGAAUAUAUACUUCAAUGCCAUGACAAUGUCAAAUGUGGUACAUAUUUAUAUAUUUGUUGUAACUAUAUAAAGAAAUACAUAUAUUAAAUGUCGUGCCAUAUUCAAAUGAUCAAUGUGUUGCAAAUAUCUUCAAUAUUCAGUUGGGAAUAGUAGUUUAGGAGUUCAUAUAUCAAUUAUUUCAUUCUAAAUUAAAAAAUUCAAAAUGAAAAAUUCUAAAAAGGCUCUUCGAAUAUUUGAGGCAAAAAAAUCUUAGACUGAAUAAUUGUUACACCGAUAUCUAAUUGCAUAACUUUUGUUAUCAAACUCAUUAUUUUUUUUAAAAAAAAAAUGCAAACUGUUAAAUUUAAACGAAUAAAUAUUAAAUUUUCCACUUUAUCCUUUUUUACAAUUUUUGUCAGAUUUAAAGCUUUUUUUUCCAA